UGCGUAUUUACGUUGAUUCUGAUAGUCAGCCAAAUAUAUAUGUAUAUAGAUCAGUCAAACAACACAUAUAGUCAAAUAGAUCUAUUUUUACAUUCAAAUACAAUCAAAUACAUAUAUUUUGCCCAAAAAUCUUUUUUGAAAUACAUAAAUACUGCAUUAAAACAUGCAGAAAACACUCAAAUACAUUCAAAUAGGGCCUCGAGAUCGUCGGAAAAAAAUAGAUACAAUACAUCACACACAUCGUCGGUGAUCUGAGAAAUACAAAUAGAGAUCUGAUUUUCAGAGAAAUACAAAUACAGAUCUAGAGGGGAGUUCUGCGGAGGAACUCUGGCGGCCAGAUGUAGAAGGCAUAAUCGGACUUUCCGGAUACGUCAUUUCUUAGUCGGACUUCUUUUUCUCUACACUUUCUUAUUAGCUUUUCCGCCAUUGUUAUCGUAAAUUUGGAGUAGAUCAGAUAACCGCAAUUUCGGAGCAGAUCUAAUUUCACUGGCGGCGAUGAGUUGAAGAAGAUGAAGAAUCAGGCUAUAGAGUACAAACUCCACCGGAGACAAUUACUUGAAGAAGAUGGUGAAGAUGAAGCAAGUUAUGGAGUCGUCGGAGGAAGGAAAAGAGGCGGAAGCAGAGGCGGUGUUGUUGGAGAGAGAGUUGUGUGUGGGAAUGAAAUAAAUGAUGGGAAGCUGGAAAAAAAAAACUCAUCGAUGGAAGAAGCAAGGUCGAGAAAGCUAGGUGGCUCUUUGAAAGUGCCUAACGUUCAAGAGCUGGCAGAGCAACAACUAGCAGUUGUUCCGCCGCGAUAUAUUCGUGAGGAUAUAGAAAAGCCCGUGUUGUCAUCCUCAUCCAUAUUAAUGCCUCAAGUUCCAGUUAUUGACAUGGAAAAACUGCUGGAAAUUGGAGGUGAUGAUACAGAGCUUGAGAGGCUUCAUUUUGCUUGCAAAGAAUGGGGAUUUUUCCAGUUGGUGAAUCACAGAGUGAGUUCAUUAUUGAUGGAGAAAGUGAAGUCAGAAAUCAGAACAUUUUUCCAUCUACCAAUGGAAGAGAAGAAGAAGUUCGAGCAACAAGAAGGGGAUCUAGAAGGAUAUGGGCAAGCCUUUGUUGUAUCUGAAGAACAAAAGUUAGAUUGGGCUGACAUGCUUUACAUGAUCACUCUCCCUAUCAACUUGAGAAAACCUCACUUAUUUCCGAAACUCCCUGUCUCACUAAGGGAUGCGCUGGAUCAAUACUCAGCAGAACUCAAGGAACUUGCCAUGAAAAUUAUAUGCAAAAUGGCAAGAGCUUUAGGGAUGCAAGACGAGGAUAUGAAUGUACUUUUUAAAGAAGAAGGGGCACAAAUGAUGAGAAUAAAUUAUUACCCUCCUUGUCCUCAACCAGAUCUCGUAAUGGGCUUAUGCUCUCAUUCUGAUUCUGUUGGUCUAACCAUACUACUUCAAGUUAACGAAACUGAAGGUCUUCAAAUUAAUAAAGGCGGAGCUUGGAUUCCUGUUCCAUGUCUUCCUGAUGCUUUUGUUGUCAACAUUGGAGACAUUUUAGAGAUUGUGACAAAUGGAAUUUAUAAAAGCAUUGAACAUCGAGCCGUCCUUAAUGAAGACAAGGAGCGGAUCUCAAUUGCUACAUUUUUGAGCCCCAAAUUGGAUGGUGAUUUAGGUCCAGCACCUAGCCUACUCACUCCUCAAAACCCUGCAAAAUUUAGGAGGAUUGGAGUGGAAGAUUUCUUCAAAGGGUUUUUCUCUCGAAAGCUCGUCGGAAAAUCCUAUAUAGACACUAUGAGGAUCGGAAAUGGAGAUGAUGAGAGCAAUUGAAUGUUGCAUUUUUGAAUGUUUUUUAAUGCGUGUUCUACUAUAGUACAAUCUUCAUAUGAUACUAAGUUAGAGACCUCUCGUUUUGGAUGGAUUAGCUAUAUACGCUCUUUGUUUCAUUGCAUAUAUGUGGUGGUUUUUCACAUGAUACGAGAUUUAAAAUGUUAUUUUGUUGUAGUAUUAUAUUGGUAUAGAAGGAAAUAGUUAUAUGUGGGGGCUGUGGUAUAGAUAUUGUACGCUGCUUCACGUCCGGGUCUAUUUUGUUUUAAUAAUAAUGCCUUCGGACA